UUAUCCGUCAGAAAGUCUGUCAAAAACUUCAAGUGGAACGAAGAUCAAUAAUUUUCGCGAUGAACGCAGAACGAAUCCGAGCUUUGAAGGAGUAUCAGAAGAUACUGGACGAGCUGAGGACCACGUUCAUGGAAAGAUGGAAGGUGCACAAGGUGGACAAAGUCACCCUCGACGAUUUCGAACGGUUUCGUACGAUCGGGACCGGCGCGUUUGGACGAGUGAUACUCGUGAAAUACAAACCGACCUCCCUCUACUUCGCCAUGAAGAUACUGGACAAGGCGAAAAUCGUGAAGAUGAAGCAGGUGGAUCACACCUUCAACGAGAAACGGAUACUCCAAUGCGUGAGGUUCCCGUUCGUCGUCUACAUGGAGUACUGUUUCAAGGACAACUCGUACGUCUACAUGGUGCUGCCGUUCAUAAACGGAGGCGAGAUGUUCACGCACCUUAGGCGAAUGGGGAAGUUCGACGAGUCACUGGCGCGAUUCUACGCCGCCCAGGUAGCGUUGGCCCUGGAGUAUCUGCAUCAUUGCAGCCUGGUCUACCGGGACCUGAAGCCCGAGAACAUCCUGAUCCAAUACACCGGUUACAUUCGAAUGACGGACUUUGGGUUCUGCAAGAUGAUCGACGGGAGAACCUGGACGCUGUGCGGCACGCCAGAGUACCUAGCGCCGGAAGUGAUUCUGUCGAAGGGCUACGGGAAGUCCGUCGACUGGUGGAGCUUCGGAGUACUGAUCUACGAGAUGAACGCCGGCUAUCCGCCGUUUUACUCGCGGGACCCGAUGAAGAUAUACGAGAAAAUCGUCGCUGGCAAGUACAAGUUCGCCCACCAUUUUGGCGAGGAGCUCAGAGACAUACUGAAGAACAUUCUGCAGGUGGACCUAACCAGACGGUACGGUAACCUCAAGAACGGCACUCUGGACAUCAAAGGGCACAGAUGGUUCGAAUCUAUCGACUGGAACAAGAUUUACCACCAAAAGAUCCAGCCCAGCUUUAUACCGCAUUGCUCGGCGCCCGAGGACACGAGCAACUUCGAUCACUACGAAGAAAUCCCGCUGAAGAUCGCCAACAUCGAUCGCUAUCACAAAGAGUUCGCGAACUUUUAG